AUGAAACUUCUAUCAACGCUUUUAGCUUGUGCUCUUGCCGAUCGAGGUCACACGGAAGAUGAGCUCAACACGAUCAUCGCUGCCCACAGAAUGAUUCGAAACGGCCCACUUACCGAUGCUGUCUCUAGCAGCUUGUCAAGUGUGGAAGCAUUCGCUUUAGAAUCCGUUGAAUCUUUUGGCAGUCAACGAUCCUUUUCUGACGCCGAAAAGAUCGUUUCAAUGGCGAGAAACAUCACCAACCCAUCAUCCAGCGAACGAGCUGGCUACUCCGAUGCUGACGAUGAGUGCGAUUCAGAAUACCCCUUCAUCGAUGGACGAUGCAAUCAUCCUUCUGGAAACGGACAGCCGCUACAAACUUACGCUCGUCUGCUGCCAGCCUCUUACUGCGAUGGAUAUGGCUCCCCAAGAUGCUCUUCCGAUGGACAGCCUUUGCCAAACCCACGCGAAGUCUCCGUCUAUCUUCGCAGCAAAUUCGACCCCGCUGACCGACCGAACAAGAAAACCAGUCAUUUUCUGAACGUCGCGGGCCAGUUCAUCACACAUACAGUCCUCAAGACUCCAGAUCGUAAAUCGAUCGCGACUUGUGGCUGCGAAGAAAAUAAACAUUGCCUCAACUGGUCGACAGAGAAUGAUGCUGUUUUCGCGGAGACCGAGUGCAAUUUCAUCACGCGAUCGUCAGUUUCCCUCGGAAACUAUGAUGGAAAUCUCGUUUUGGAGCAGGUCAAUCAGCUGACUGGAACAUUUCAAGCCGGCGUCAUUUACGGUUUUUCCGAGCACCAUUUGAACGCCCUUCGUCUCCCGGGAACUCCCUUCAUCGAUGGAAACGACAUGACGAUCGGCGGCGAUGUGCUCCCAAGAACAAAAACAAUCAACGCCCGCGACAGCUCCUUCAUGAAUGUAACAACUCCCUUCGAGUUGAAUCCGGGACUCAACGAACGCGGCUACCCGUCUUUCGUCUCUGGUGACCCUAGAGCUUUUGAAAAUGCUUUUCUCGGCAGCUUCCACGUUCUUUUCCACAGACUUCACAAUGUAGUUGCACAAGAACUUCAAAACGUUUUCCCCAACGCUGACAACGAGUACAUUUUCAACGAGGCCCGCAAAUUCAACAUCGCGAUUCAGCAAAAGAUGCUUUACGAAGAAAUGAUCCCUGCGCUCUUUGCCGAAAACUUGGAAAAAUUUGAUGGAGGAUCACUCAAGUCUUCUGAUGUUCCGAUCUUCCAGUCUGAAGACAGACCGAUUGGACCUGUAGUCUUCAAUGAGUUUACUACGUCUGCUUUCCGAAUCGCUCAUUCCGAGCAGCCUAAUCACGUGGUCUCAGCAGACUCAAACUACAACAUCACCCGCCAAGCCGAGCUCAAAGACAACUUCUUCGACCCGCAUGUGAUGAUGCUUGACGGACCAGGUGCAAUUUGCCGUGGCGCUGCCAAGUUCCAGUCUCUCUCCGCCGGACCAUCUUUUGCCGACUCGGUUCAUCACAACUUGCUGAAGCCACACACAGCUUCGUUCGGAACUGAUCUUUUCGCGAUCAACAUUGCUCGUGGCCGAGAUCACGGAAUCGAAGGAUACAAAGCUUACUUCGACCUUUUCAAGAAAGAUCCUGAAUGUGCAAAACUCUACCGCGGCUGGGACGGAAUGAUGCCAAAAUGGCGAAGUCUUAUCAGAAACCAAUAUCGAGAGCGAGAAGAAGACGUCGAUCUCUACGUCGGUCUGCUCAUGGAAGAACAUCUCCCCGGCGCUGCCACUGGGCCAACUGCUUCGUGCAUAAUGAUGAAACAGUUCAAAAACUCGAAAACUGAAGAUCGCUGGUUCUACGAAAACGACAAUUUCUGGAAGAGUCGCGCCAAGUUCGAUCUCGUCAAAAAAAUCGACGUCGCCACGGUCAUGUGUAUGACUUUAGAAAACAUGGAAAGCGUUCCUGAUAUGCCAUUCAUUGCCGAGGGAUCCGAAAUUCUUGGACGAAAGAGGCAAAUGGUUAAAUGCGCGGACUUGCUCAGAAACGUUGACUUCAAAAAAUCAUACGGACUCGACAUCAACAAAAAGGGCGAAGAACUGUUAGACGCCAUUGAAAAAGGGCUCAAAGACGCCGGAGCUAGAAAUCCGGACAAGAACGUGAAACAAAUCAAAAAGAUCAUGAAAAGAUUCGACUGGAUGAGCGAGAAUGCCAAUGUAGUCGGAUGCGAGAAUCCUGCUGGAGCGGGAAUCGGAGCCGGAGACCACUCUUAUUUUGACUUCGCUGUUGCAGACUUCGACAUUUGCUACUCGAUUAAAAAAUACAUUGAAUUCACUUUGAAGGGAUUCUACGACGAUUUUGUCUGCCUCGAUAAUGCUCCAUCUCGAAAGCUGCAAAACUUCUCUCGUCACGUGAAUAAAGCAAACAAGAUUUUCAAUAGGGCGAAGGGAAAACUUGGUUGCUUCGGAGAACGUCGCUGA